GCAUGCUUUGCGCUGGCAGCAUGGCUUCCCCCUAUGUCAACAACAGCUCCUGCACAAUGGAAUGAGUUUAGCGGAUGCUACUCCGCUGGAUGGGCCCAUGGGCAUACAGCUCGUCCUGAUGUCCUUGACCACUGUUGAGCUUCGCCUUGCGGCUUCCCAAGAGCUCGAGGAUGUUUGCAAAGACGGACACAUCGAGGUUGCGAGGUUGCUGUUGGAAGCCGGGACAGAUGAUGACGGAGAGCAUGGUGCCAGAGAUGCGGGUCUCAGACAUGCAGCUCUCAUGGGCAAC